AUCAGUUUCAUUGCUUGGUGAACAACUAGCAAACACUCGUUAAAAUGGCAUUCAAGUUUGUGACCUUCCUCGCCUUAGUGGCCGUUGCCCGAGCUGGACUUAUCUCAUCGUCAGCUUUAUCUCCAAUUGCCGGACAACUUAUUGCCGCUCCACUCACCAAGACCAUCGUGGCUGACCAAUAUGAUCCAAACCCACAGUAUUCUUACUCCUAUGGAGUGUCAGAUGCUCUAACCGGUGACCAGAAGUCCCAACAGGAGUCCCGCAACGGGGAUGUUGUCCAGGGAUCGUACUCCCUCGUAGAACCAGACGGCACCAAGCGUAUCGUCGAGUAUACCGCUGAUCCAAUCCACGGAUUCAAUGCCAUCGUCCACCGUCAACCACUCGCCGUGAAGACCGUUGCUGCUGCUCCAGUUCUUGCCGCCAAGACCAUUGUUGCCCAGCCAGCAUUGUCCUACGCCGCUCCUCUGGCCCAGAAGACCAUCAUCUCUCAGCCAGCUUUGUCUUAUAGUGCUCCAUUGGCCACCAAGACUAUUCUCUCUCAGCCAGCUUUGUCCUACGCUGCCCCAUUGGCCCAGAGGACCAUCAUCUCGCAGCCAUCCAUCCUGUCCCGACCAGCUUUGUCUUAUGGUGCUCCAUUGGUCACCAAAACCAUCCUGUCCCAGCCAGCCAUUGCUUCCCCAUUGGCCACUCAAAGUAUCCUGUCCCAACCAGCUCUGCCUUACGGUGCCCAAACUAUCCUUUCCCAACAAUCCAUCGGACAGCUCGCUGCUCCAGCUUUGUACCAUUGAGCGCCUCACACUGAUGCCGAAUUGUCAUUAACAGCGCUCCAUUGUAGUUGUGAAUAAAUCUGAA